CACCCUGCUACUAAUCUUCAGCCAGAACAUUCCCCACUCCUCCACACGCAUUUCUCCUCGCUUACCUUUGUCCUGCCAGUUCGUUCCAGCUCAUUUACCCACAAAACUGAAUCUAGGCUUGCCUUGUAGAUUCACCCAACCCAGUUUGCCAGCCCAUGGUCUGCCCAACCCCCCAAGUCUGCCGGACCACCCCCUAAGGGAAAUCUGGCAGUGGCAGGCAAUGGAGAAUGUUCUGGUUUCGAUCAGUGUCCUGGCUGGCGCCGUGACGGUGUGUGAGGUGCUGCGCCGUAUAGCCAAGGAGCUGCUGUGGCCCUGGCGGGGGCGCUCAAAGGGAAAUCUGAGCCGCAGCCCACACUCUGAGCCCCCUAACCUCGAGGUGGUAGUGGAACUCUUCUCCACCCUGCAGCUGUGCAUCUGCACACACGAGCUGCGGCUGCUGGGGAGUUCUGGCCUGCUGGGUUUGAUUCCAGCGCUCACCCUCACUUACCUCGCCACCCUCAUCCACGUCAGCACCUUCGGCAGCGCCACCUGCAACCCGGUGAGCUGCCUUGAGCACUACCUCUGUGGACAGAGCAACGGGCAGAUAGCGGCCGCCAAGGUGUUGGCACAGCUCGCUGCAGCAUCUGUGGCUCGCCAGCUCAUGGAAUUGGUGUGGGCCCUGGACAUGUCGGACCUGCACUGGUAUCACCACCAGCGCCAGUACAAAUGUACCUCAACACUGAACACCACUGCUGAAAACGGGCUGGUUACCGAGUUCACCUGCGCCUUCACUCUGAGGGCUGCACUCUUCAGAUUUCACUUGCUGAAGCAGAGGCACAAGAUCCAUGUGGUGGCUGCAUUGAUCACAUUCCUCGUGUUUGCAGCUGGAGACCUGACGGGGGCUGUGUUUAACCCAGUGCUGGCUUACUCUAUCACUUUCAACUGCGAAGGAAGUACAUAUCCUGAAUACUGUUUCGUAUACUGGCUUGGACCCUUGAUGGGUGCAAUGACUGCUGUCUUGUUGUUUGAGAGGGAAUCUGUAGAUGGUGCUGAUGCGAGAUCAGCAACAGAGGAGGCUAAGGAGAAGAGAUCCUGAAGCAGCAUCCUUGCUACACUGGAAGCGUACAACUGAACCGUGGACCAUAUCACCCUCCCGAGAUCUCGAAGGGAAAGGAAGUUAAAUGAUUUUUUUUCUAGUUUCAAACCACAAGGAACUAUAACAAGCAUUGUUAAUCAAUUUAGUGUCAUCUCAAUUUUGGGAGUGAGCAUUUCAGCCAGGACUCCUUUUUUGGAAAAAAAAACAAUAAUUUUAAAAGAAGCUAAGGACAAGUUUUAGAGAUAACAAGGUGUAGAGCUGGAUGAAGGGUCUAGGCCCAAAAAGUCA